AGGACUGCUGGGUCCCAUCCAUGGCUCUGACACUUGGUGUGACCCUGAGCCAGUAGCUUCCCCUCCCCAGGCCUGUUUCUCAUCCCUAAAGCCCAGGGGGGUUGGGAGGCUCCAGGAAGGUGUAUAAAGUGUCGGGAUGUCAGGAGCUGGGAGGUGCUGUCACCCUCACAUUAGGGAAGUGUUCUGCACCCCCUGCUGCUGGCUGAGUUUCUCCAUCCCUUGACAAUAAGACAGACUCUUGUUUUCACAGCUAGUCAAUCCUCAGUGUCAUCACCCUGCCCGCUGGCUGGGCAGGGUAACUCCUCAGGUCACCACCCUCUCCAGCCUGCCUUGGGCUUGCUGGCGACUCUGAACAUCCGCCAUCCAUCGCUCCAUCACCUAGAGCAAGUUCCAGGAUGGGCAGGCUCCUGAGGAUGUUCAGGUGGCUCCAGAGCCUGAGGGAAGCAGCUGCCAUCUUCCCCAGGAGCAGAGUGGCCCCUCCGUCCCCGUUGGCGGGGAAGGAGCUCCCGACCAGGCUAGGAGGUGGAAGUGCCCAGCCUUCUGGCAGAGGAAACCCACUUCCGGAGCAGGCACCGAGGUGGGAGAGGCACUGGCCAGGCCGAAAAGGAGCUGGCCCAGGAUGCGGUGAGGCAGGCAGGAUCCAGCCCAGGAGGGAAGCUGGGCAGGGUGGCUCCGGGGCUUGUUGUGUGGGAAGCACCGGCCCCAGGAGCCCAGCACUGAUUCCCAGCAGGAGGCAUCACCCUGCCCGGUCACUGAGGAUCUUCCAGCCUCCCCAGGGCAGGAGGUGGAGGAUCCCUGUCCCAGCACCAGCAGCUCAUCCCGCUCCCCAUGGGACAGCAGCAGCGCCUGGGACUCGGGCAGCAGCGAGGCCGAUGGGCGCCGCUGCUUUGUUCCAGGGAGAGGACGAGGAGGAGGAAUGGGUGGACGUGGCCACAGAGGAGGCUGCUUUCAAGAACAUCCGAGAGCAGCUCCAGGGCUGAGAAAAGGUGCAGGAUGAGGCCCAGCAGCUCAUCUUCCUGCACACCAUCCACCCCGCGUGUCUCGCUGCACAGCAGAGAGGGCAGGACACAUUGGAGCUGCAGUGCUGCAAGGCGGCUGUGGUGGAGAGGAUGGUGCACCAUAACACCUGCCCUGGAGCCAGAGCUGGAGACCCACCUCCUUCGAGCUGCCCCGCAUGCCAUCCGUCUUCACCCUGGGCACGGAGAAGGACACCACCCAAGUCCAGGAUCUGCAUAGGGUCUUGCCAGACCUCCUGGAUGCCAUGCUGGGGAACCUGCUGGCAGAGUCCCCAGACACCGACAGGCUCCACUACAUCUUGGAGAUGAGCUCGAUGAGAGGGCACAUUAACUACUGGAUCGUGUCCAGGGUGUCACGGGAGAGAGCCAGGGCCAUUAGGAGCAGCACGGCCCUGCUCAGAUCCACAAUCACCCUCCCUGAGUUUGACAACUCAGCAGAAUUCCCCAGGAUGGGUCACCGUGUGGCACAGCUGGCUCUGUUCAUCGGUGACCCAGACAAGGACCUCAGCCAGCAGACCAGGGAGGGGGUUUACCGGCUCUACCAGCUGCUGCUGCACCAGAGGGGGCUGACCAUCCAUGAGGCGAAGACCUGUGGUGCUGGGACUGGCACCAGGACAGCAGGCUCCUGGGCUACAGGAACACAGGCAGGGUGGGGGAGCAGGAGGACGUCACAGCAACAUGAUGCACCAGCUCCACAUCAUCCGGCACUUGCGCCAGGUGCCCGAGGCAUUGCAGGGGCUGUGCCUCUGAGGCCACCAGCAGCUCCCGCUCCCUGCUGCAGGCCCUGGGAUCUGGCACAGCCUCCCAGAUGGGCGGAGCCUGCAGCUGAGCCACCUCCAGGAGCAGUGGGGACAGGUCACCUCGUCCCAUCAAACCAAGCCGUGCUGGGUCUCAAAGAGGCUUAGAUGGAAGACCCCACUCCCUCAUGGAGGAAGGGGCUCCUCAGAGAAGUCCUCGAACCUGGACUCCGGAGAGCAUUUCCAGCAGGAGGCUCCUGCCCCUCGGGCAUCAGAUAGUCUAGCUCACAUGACAUCUCCGGUCUCCAGCUCCACUUGCCGCAGCAGGGCAAACAAACCCAUCAGCUCCCAGAAUGCCAACUCUCUGACCUCCUUCCACUCCACAGUGGGGUUUCUCCAGCCCCCUCACCACACCUUUCAGCCUCUGAAUGAUGAAGGGCCUGAAUGUCAGAGUCACCAGAACAAGCAAACUCCAGUUCCAGGCCUGUGUGUACUCAGCCUCUCUGGAAACCAGGUCUGAUAUGGGGAGCAAGGACCCCAGACCAGUAACAGUAGGAGUGGGCAGAGCAGGCCUGUAAUAGGGUGCUUUACCCUGGGCUGCACAAUCUGGGGCUUAGUCAAGCUGCUUACAGAAUGAGCCCUAACUGAGAGGCACCAUGUACCUCCCCCUAAAGAGCCAGACAUCAGUGGUGAUAUAGCCCAGCUGGUGUAUCAACAGGAACGAGAACAAGGUAGGAAGUUCAGUGCAGCAAGGAAAGCCUAGAGGGGAACUUGAGAAGAGAGGUAGGAAGUGCCCAGGGAAAAGUGCAGCAAAGAGAAAGGAGCAGACCUAGCUGUUGGGCACAGGACCCUGGGCUGCUACCGAUGUCAGGGUGGGACUGGGUUCCCCUACUGGCUCCAAAGAAGGGGGCGUAAAUGCUCCUGGAGAGGGUUACCAGGCCCAGCAAGAGAGCUACAGGCUAAGCAAGAGCCCCAGCAAUGGCAGAAGGACUUCUUUCUGUGGAAAGACCUCUUUGGACAUUUAGUGUGAGACAAGCUGGGCCCCAGAAGGGUGGACUAAAGGUCCUGGCCAGAGGACUGAGUUACCAGGCAGAGAAACUGCCAUGGUGCUGGAGUAACCAUGAUGGGGGACGCUAGCCCAGAGAGAGGGCUGUGAUGCCAUGCCUGGCCGCCAGGGGGACACGUAACGAUGAGUAGAUUCGUUUACGAUUGGCAUAGUCAGGAGGAUUGAAUUCCCCCUGUGAUCGGUGAGGGCUGAUGGAAGUCUUGGUGCUGAAGGAAGGUCUGUCCUCCCAAGCGGGUGUACUGAGGGACCAAGCUGGUCACUGGAUUUCCCACUUCAGUUUCAGGGACUGGUUAAGCAGCCAAAGCAGGUCUAGCGGUUUCUCCAGUAGCUCCCAGAAAACCAACAGAAGCAGAAGGAAGUGCAGGAGAAGUUACAGACACUGCAGCAGCAGCAAUACCUGUGAGAGAUCCUGCAAAGGGAAAUCAGCCCAGGGUUUGCUAUGCCCAUGGACAAAAAGAGCAGCCCAGGAGAGCAUGCCUGGGCUGUGCUGAGAGUUAGCCCAGGAGAGCAGGGCAUGAGAAAGUGUACAAGCAUGGCCUAAUGGCAAGAUGGGGACAAGAGUUCUUUGUUUUGGGUGCAGAGAAGCACAAAAGACACCGCCUGCUUAGGAAAUUGCUGAGUGGCAAUACGAGGGGCCGGGGCCCCAAGAAGGUAGAAAGAAAGGAGAAGGUGUCCUCUGACACAAACCCACAUGAGGCAGGCAACGUGGAGGUGGCAGGGAUGGCCGUGGACCUUGCAGUCCCUCCACCAACACACCCUGUUGGGUGCUGCAGGGAGGUGAAGGACAAAAUGGUUGGCACAGAGAUGAAGCAGACUGAAGUAGGGACAAACACAAGGGUGGAGCAGUCCACGGUGGGUUCUCAGACCCUGACGGAAAAGGUUUUGGCGUAUGCAGCGGCAGUAACAGAAAGACUAUAGAAGAAGCUAAAGGCUUCAGAACAGGCUCUGCAAGCAGUUGUUAAUGAGAAUGAGUGGCUGCAGGAAGAGCGAGCUGGCAGUGGAGCUGGAGACACUGUGUGCGUAGGCUGUACAAGUGCACAACCGGUGACAGCGACGAGAUGACGAGGGAUGAAGCUUGGACAAAAAUAGAACUUCCCCCUGUGUGGGCCAGGUUCUAAGGAGGAGAGUAUAUAACAGGGGGGCUUGGCCUGUGGGCUAUAAAGCCUGGAGCUAGGCCAAAUGGAUUACAGAGUGAGAUCCACCUGAGGGGAAAGCCAGGGAAAACCUCAGCAAAGGUACAGGAGCAGGCCUAGCUGUUCGGUACAGGGCUUUGGGGCAGAGCCUAGAAUCCAGGGUAGGAUUGGUUCUCCCAUGGUCUCUAAGAAAGGGGACGUAGAAGGCCAUAGAAAGAGUUACCAAGGCCAGCAAGGGCAGGCCGAGCCAAAGUCAGGCUGAGCAAGAGCCCCCAAAGGGACGGAAGACCUUGUUUCUGUUAAAGACAUUUUUGGACUUUUCGUUUGGGAUGAGCGUGACCCAGGAAGGAGUGGACUAAAAGACAGUCACCUGGCUGAAGGGCUGAGUUCCCAGCCAAAAAGCUGCCAGAAUGCCCUAGCGACUAUCGGCGGGGGUGCUUGCCCAGCAAAAAAGCUGUGACACCAGGCCUUGCCAGGAAGGGGCACCUGUCGGUGAGUGAACUCUGUUACAAGCCUGCCUCCAUUAUGGAAACAGCCCGGUAUUGGAGAGUGGUGAGGAUGGCCUAUGGGAGAGGAUGGCUGGAGGGGUCAUACAGGAAGGGCAGCAGGGUCCAGUGAUGAGAGCAGGGAAUGGGUUGUACUGCAGCCCUGCCACUGAGUGGUAACAUGAUCCUGGUCAGGUCACUCUCCCACCUGGUGUCUCACUUUCUCUAUCUUUGAAAUGGAGAUCAUCCUGACCCACAUUAAAAAAGUGUUCGAUCCUCUGUUCUUGCUUCCCAAAUCCCUGCCCUCCUUGCCCCACACAGGCCUCUGCCCUCUGUUCUCUUUUUUGACUGCCGCUGCACAUUGAGUGAAUGCUUUCAGAAAACUAUCCACAAUGACUCCAAGAUCUCUUUCUUGAGUGGUAACAGCUAAUUUAGACCCCAGCAUUUUAUACGUAGAGUUGGUUCCCAUGCAUGGGCACCAACUUAUAUGGGCUCCUGGGGCUUUAGCCCCAGGAAUAUUCACAGAC